CUAUCGAAUUGUGUUUGUUUUGAUGCACUGCGGCGCAUGCAUUAGCUAAAUUGUUUGUUUAUUUUUUUACAAUAAUGUGCACGAGUGCAGAAUUUGAUAAUCGUCUUAUUGAGCUGGUGCGCGCAAAUCCCAGUCUGUACGAACGCGAACUGCGGAAAACACCGUACGACGCGCACAAGAAAAAGAAAACGGAACUGUGGUGCAGCAUUGCAACGUCCCUUGAAACGGACGUCAGUACCUGCAUAACACGCUGGAAUUUCUUGCGUGAACGUCUACGUCGAGAGCUGCUCAAGGAACACUCGGAUUGGAGCUUGUUGCCAAAACUGCGAUUCCUUGCACACCACAAGCACUCCGGCAGCAGCGCCCAUCACCAUAAUGAGCACGAGCUGCCGCAGGCUGUGCCCACAUCGGCGCUAUUAAAUGUAAGCUGGCGUGCCCUCAGCACCGACCAGCUCAUCGAACAGGAUGAGGACGAUGCGCUGCAGGAGGCCAUGGACGAGCAGCAUGUGGCUGCAGUUGUUGUACCACCGCCAGCCGCACCACCAGCAGCAGCGCCUGCAGCUAUUGCCGCGCCAUCGGGCGACGACACGAUGAAACGCAUCGAGGCACUGCUUCAGGGUUUGGGCGCAAAUCGCACCAAGGCAGAGAAGAAGGUUCUGGCCUAUUUGUGCAAAUGCAAUCUGCGAGCGCUCAACGAUGAGCAAAUCGAUGAUAUAUUCAUUUAAAUCACAACGCACUGAUUAGUCCCAAAUUGUAGAGUAUGUCGUUUAGUUGUUGUACGUGAAAAUCGAAGAGGAGGCUACAGCAAAAACAACUUCAACUAUGACGCAGUUGGUUGAAGCCUUUCGUCUCGCUGUUGGUCAAAGAGUGCGCGCGCAAGCAAUAACAUGUCCAAUAACCAUGUCUGGCUGCUUUGGGUGGGAUGGGGCUGUUGGGUGGUUAGUUGGGCAGACGACGCCAAACAAGCAUUUAGUAUAUUAAUUUCGUUGACACUGUCCUGCAUGAAGACAUAGGUGUAGCAAGCCCACCCCGAUCUCCCCCUUUACCCGCAGCCCUAUCAGCUAAUACUCCAGCGCCUCACGCCCACCGUCCGCCCACCUUGCCAUACUUGAUGUGGUGUAGUGGCCGUAGAGCGCAUUAACACCACAUUAUCGAUUGAUUUGGGCAAAGGCACGCACAGAAAAUCGAUAAGCAUGCAGAGCCAAUGCAAAAUCAUGUAUAUGCUUAAAUUGUUUAAACGCCUUUUUGCUGCGCAUAAAUCACGACAAUAUUUUAAGUUUCGGUUUAUUUAUUGCUAAUAAAUGUUUUUGAAAAGUA